CGGUCACACCCACAGCAGGUACUGUGUCACUGAUUGCGCUGGUAAGCCUAAGUGUGCUCUUGGGCUGCACCUUCAAAAAUCUGCUGAGUGAUCCAGCAGAUCCUAGGAGACAACAUCAGGCCCCCAGGCUGAGGGUUCUUCUUCAUUCUUCUGAUUAACGGUAUCAUAAAAAGCUUGCUUGCGUGCCCUACCUGCUGCCUGCCGGCCUGUCUGCCUGCCUGGUGCAUCUCCUGGCCCACCAGGAAACAUCAGAGCCCUGCAGACUGACAGCAGAGGAGUCCGGGUUACCUGAAUCAGAGGUCAUCAACAACAUUAGUCUGCAUUAUACCUGUUGGUGCCCUGUCUACACUCAGCCAGAACCUGCCAGGGAUCACUUAGAGAUCAACCAACCAACCUUCAUCCAGCUGACAGUGGAGCCAGAGGACUGUGGAGACGGUCCCUUGAAAAGCAAAGGCAGGUGGCCGCACCGCUUCAGGACUCAAUACAAAUCACCUAUUCUCAAGUCAACACCCAUUCUGGACCACUGACCCACAAGAGGCAGCAGCCAUGUCGAGUCCAGGGGAGAGUCUGUCAUCAGAGGGCAGCAGCCCAGUCUUCCCAUCCCGUCCCCUGGGAGACAGGGCCGGAGCUGGAGAGACCUGGGAGAUGGAAGAGACCAAGCCCCGCAUGGAGUCUCUCGAGAGUCGCGGCCUAACAGGUUUCUACCUAUCCUGCUUCGACAUGCUCUUCACAGAGGACUCCGGUUGGCUUGUUAAGGUGUCGGAGGCAUCCCCAGGUCUGGCUUGUGCAAUGCCUUUCCCCACACCCAGGACGGAGCCCUCAGAGGAGCCAGAGCAGUGUCCGGUCAUCGACAGUCAAGCCCUGGGGCUGUCCCCGGAGCAGGACGGGGUCCAGGAGGAGGAACGCUCCCUAGAGCAAGUCCAGAGCAUGGUGGUUGGUGAGGUGCUGAAGGACAUCGAGACGGCCUGCAAGUUGCUUAACAUCACCCCAGAUCCCAUCGAGUGGAGUUGCAGUAAUGUUCAAAAAUGGUUGCUUUGGACCGAGCACCUGUAUAGACUGCCUCAGGCUGGCAAGGCCUUUCAGGAGCUCACCGGGAAAGACCUUUGUGCCAUGAGUGAAGAGGAUUUCAGGCAGAGGUCCCCGCAGUGUGGAGACACCCUGCAUGCCCACCUGGACAUCUGGAAGUCAGCCGCCUGGAUGAAAGAGAGGUGUUCUGUUGGAGACAGCAAAAUCACAGGUGGAGAGGAGCUGUGGUCAGAGGCCGACUCGUCAUGCUCAGGUCAGCCCAUUCACCUGUGGCAGUUCCUCCGAGAGCUGCUUCUAAAGCCGCACAACUACGGACGCUGCAUCCGCUGGCUCAAUAAAGAGAAAGGUAUUUUCAAAAUCGAGGACUCUGCUCAUGUGGCGAGACUGUGGGGUCUGAGGAAGAACCGUCCGGCGAUGAACUAUGACAAGCUGAGUCGCUCUAUACGGCAAUACUACAAGAAGGGCAUAAUUCGCAAACCCGACGUCUCCCAGAGACUGGUCUACCAGUUUGUCCACCCAGUAUGAUGGGACAGAGGAAGACUCAAGCAUUCAAACAAAGGGCCACAGGGCUUGCACAAAACUUGCACUUGUACGUUUUACCAACACCAAGCUGAAAAGGGGUAAAACUAACAAAUGAAACAGACUUGAACACAUGCACUGAUCAACCCCUGUAAGUACACACACCCUUUGCCAGUACCUGGAGUGUCCACUGCCAAAGCUGGGAAAUGAAGAUUUAGCUGUUUUACAGAACAGAGAAGAAACGUGUUGCUAAAUCAAAAUGCUCUUUCUCUUUGUUAAUUCUUCCUAAAAAAAAACUAAGAAAGAAAAUUACAAACAACUUCAUGAACUCCCUUUUAAUUUGCAUAGUCUGCCUGUUCUUGUUUUCUUAUUAUAUAGCGUCAUGUAGUCAAUGACCAGUAUCUUAAAACCACUCAAGACAUUACAUUUGAUUGUCACUGAACCAUAGAAAGAGAUAUCCCUGACUGUCAACAUACAGCUCUGGAAAAAAUGAAGAGAGCACUGCAACUUUUUCUUUC